UUGUACCUUGAGGUGCUGAGGAGGAGUCUUUAGAAUGAGCCUUUUCUUUUCCAUGUGAGGAAGGCCUCUUUACUGUUGGUCUCUCUGAGUCCUGGGUUUUCUCUUUAAAACACAAAAUCAACCGAUUAUAUACUGUGGUUAACUGCAAAGUUUCAUCUGAAUCACUGCAAACCUGAGGUUUAAGCAACAUUCAGUAUCCAACGGUGCGUGCGCAGAAUCCGCCAUUUCUGUUUGGUGUGUCGAUAUUAUUUACUCCGGGAGUUCUGGCACCAGUUGAAGGAAUCUAGUAAAUAUGAUGCGCUACUGGGGUGAGCUCCCGGUGGCCUCUGCCCCACCGGGCCGCAGCUCCUUCGAUCUCCUGCAGCGUGAAUUUCGCCAAGUCGAGAUGCAAGACCCUCCUCUGCACCAGCCUUCAGCACGGCGUCCUCGUCCCACCACCAUGCUGGAUGUUCCCUCUGAGCCCUGCAGCCUCACAAUCCACACGGUGCAGCUGUGCCAGCAUGCCAGACGACUCCGCAGCCUAAUCACGGCUGCACAGCUUGGCCAGCAACCCUCGGGCUCUGGGUCUGAGGCUCAGGUUCUGAUCAAACCUGAAGAUAUGGAUUCACUACCACCACGUCCGGUCACACCGGCGGCACCGGAUGAUCUGCUGCCUCUGGACAGCAAAGCUCCUUGUGAGCUGUUUCAGCUGCGGCACAGUGACCCAGAGAGCGACUUCUACAAGGGUGAAGGAGAGCCAGUGACGGAGUUGAGCUGGCCUUCAUGCCGCCAGCUCCUUUACCAAUCCGUUGCCACAGUGUUGGCACACGCAGGUUUUGAGUCAGCGAUGGAGAGCGUGCUCGAGACCUUGACUGACCUGGUGCACGAGCAUUACCUGCGUCUGACUCAGCUGCUGCGCGUGGCAGUGGACCGUGAAGCCCGUCUCGGCUCUACUCCUUUUCCUGAUGUUGUGGAACAGGUCUUCCACGAGGUGGGCAUCGGCAGCGUGUUGGCACUGCAGCGCUUCUGGCAGGUCCGCAUUAAAGAUUACCACAGCUACAUGCUUCAGGUCAGCAAAGAGCUCUCAGACGAGUACGAUAGACUGGUAAACCCUGAGAAGGCUCUGGAGGAUUCCAAGCCGCUUAAAGUGAAGGAGGAACCUAUUAGUGAUCUUCCCUUCACUCUGAAUGAGGAAGCUGAGGGGGAGUUGACUUCAGCUGAUCAAGCGAUGUCCACCGGAGUACCGGGGAUGCCGAGUGACAGACUGGCUGGAGGACUGGAGGAUGGACACUCGCCUCACACCUCCGGUGCAGCAGGAAAUGGCUCCCCCUUGUGGCAGCUGCAGCAGGUAAAGAUGGAGCCACAGGACAGCGAGGAGGGUCAGGUUUCAGGCCACGGCGUUCUCACAAGCGACGUCUUCGAGGACGGCCCGAUGUCCACCAUGAGCGACGGAGGAACAGCUCCGUCUCCCGGCGACACGGACGCCAGCUACGGCUCUCAGUCUCCGGACUCACUGAUAGGCACAUCCCCUUUCAACCAGCGGCCGAAGAAACGAUUGCGCAAAGUCUAAGCGCGUAAACAAGGACUUGUCGCACAGUCUAGAUGAUUGUGAUAAGAGAUAUAGUUUGCUUUUGUGUUGUUUUUUUAUUAGUGAAAAUAAAAGGCGGUUACAUUAAGACGACCAAAAGAGA